AGACAGCAUCACCGAUUCAAUGGACAUGGAUUUGUGCAAACUCUGGAAGACAGUGAAUGACAGGGAAGCCUGGCGCGCUGCAGUCCAUGGGGUCACAGAGUCGGACACGACUUAGCAAGUGAACAAACAAUAACAACUAGCCCGGACCUUGUGGCAAACGCCCCGCCCCUAACUCCACCCUCUAGGUCCGGUCAGACCUCACCCCAGAGCUUAACCUUACCCCCAACCGGGGGCAAGAAACUAGAAUUUCUUCUCCAAGGUCAUAUAAAGAGGAGUUAAGCUUUCUCCACCCUCCGCAGCUCCUCUGGCCCAGAGAGCCAGUGCCUCGGCCACUUCCGCUGCUGGCGGCCCUGACACCGGAAGCGGAAGUGCGCCGCGGCCGCAGACGGAGGUGGCUGUGCUGGACCGCGCGGCGCCUUGCGGUGGGAGUGUCUUCGGCCAGUCUGCAGGAAGGACACACUGAAACUUUAAACCCUGGCGCUGGUAUCAUGGGAUAAACCCUCAUUCUGCAGAAUGGUGGGGGUGGUCCUUGCUGAGCCACAAUACAUGCGCUGCCUUAGGAAUCAGUCACCUUAGAGGAUGUGGCGAUGGAGCUCAUCCAGGAGUGGACGUUGCUGGACGAUGCCGGGAGGAACCUGUGCAGACAUGUGCUGCAGGACAACUGCAGGACCCCGGCGCCCAGGGCAGCAGGGACUCCACCAUGCAAAGCCAGUCUCGUCUCCCAGGUGGAGCCAAGAGAAGAGCUGAAAGCAGCGGAGCACGGCGUUCUCUGUGCCACAGGUGUGGACUGGGAAUCUCAGUUUACACCCAAAGAGCCUACUCCUCUGCAGGAUAUUUCAGAGGAAAACUCAUCCUAUGAUUUGCAAAUGGGGCCAGAGCUGGACCUGAAGAUAGAGAUCAAGUCUGAGAUGGAAGAGGAGGUGAUGCCUCCGGCUCCAGAGGACUGGUCAGCUCUCCAGCAGUCUUCUGAAUAUGCAGUCAGCCUGGGAGGUGGUCUGCCAGGAGGGCCCCAGCCUCUGUCAAGAAGGCCCAAGGUUCAGGAUAUGUCUGGGCUGAAGGUGGCUGUGCAGAUGCAGAGGGUGGCCACGCCGGAGCCUGCGCUGGGCCUCCCCAGACUGUGGAGGGCUGGGGGUGCUGCUCUGUCUGUUCAGGGCCCUGCCUGGCUCCAGAAGGAGAGCAUAGGAGAAGCAGCCAUGACUCCUGGGGGACUGGCCACCUGUCCACAGGAGCCAGUCACCUUUGCGGAUGUGGCCGUGCUGUUCACACCAGAAGAAUGGCUGUUUCUAGACUCUGCCCAGAAAAGCCUAUACAGAGACGUGAUGCUGGAGAACUACAGGAACCUGGCCUCUGUGGCAGGUGAUCAACUCUGCACAACCAGGAUGUCUUCCCAUAUGGAGCAAAGAGAAGAGCUGUGCGUCACCGAGAGAGGGGUCUUCCCAGGAGCCCAGUUAGGUCCUCACCUUCAACACCAAGACUCAAUUCCUAAUCAAGAUAUUUUGGCAGCGAUUCCAUCCAUUGGCAUGAAAAGGGAGCCACCUCAGGUCGGAGAAAACCUCUAUAAAUAUGAUGAGCUUGGGAAGCCCUUUGACAGCAUCAAACCGCUUUUUCAGUACCCGCGAUUUCCUGCUGAAGGAAGCCCCUUUGAAGGCCGAGAGAGCCGAAAAUCCUUCCUCCGGACCACCCGCCUCAUCGUGCCUGAGAAAGUCCCCAGCGGGGACAAAACCUACACGUGCGACAAAUGUGCAAGAUCCUUCCGGUACAGCUCCGAGCUCAUCCGGCACGAGAAGACGCACACCGCGGAGAAAUGCUUCGAGUGUCAGGAGUGCCGGCAGGCCUUCAAGUACUUCUCCAACCUGCGGCGCCACCUGAAGACCCACGGCGGCGAGAAGCCCUUCGAGUGCAGCCAGUGCGGGAAGACCUUCACGAGGAACUUCAACCUGAUCCUGCACCAGAGGAACCACAUGGGCGAGAAGCCCUACUCGUGCAAGGACUGUGGCAAGGCUUUCACCCAGCCGUCCUCGCUGAGGAGCCACAUGCGGACCCACACCGGAGAGAAGCCCUUCGAGUGCGGCCACUGUGGGAAGACCUUCCGGGAGCACUCGUCGCUGAAGACGCACGUGCGGACCCACACCCGAGAGAAGCCCUACCAGUGCACCCACUGCGGGAAGCCCUUCCGCACCAGCACCAACCUGAACGUGCACAAGCGGAUCCACACCGGCGAGAAGCUCUACGAGUGCGCCACCUGCGGGCAGGUCCUGAGUCGGCUCUCCACCCUCAAGAGUCACAUGCGGAUCCACACCGGAGAGAAGCCCUACCCGUGCCCGGAGUGCGGGCGCGCCUUCGGCGAGCCCUCGUCCCUCAGGAAGCACGCGAGGACCCACACCGGCAAGAAGCCCUACGUGUGCCCGCAGUGCGGGCGAGCCUUCGGCCAGUCCUCGCACCUCAUCGUCCACGUGAGAACCCACACCACGGGGAGACCCUACGAAUGCACUCAGUGUGACAAAGCCUUCCGACACAGCUCUUCACUCAGCGUGCACAAGAGGGUUCACGCCAGGGGAGAAAACGUCAGGACCGGCGACCUGCCUCUGUCUGUGUCUCUGCCCAUGGAAGGGCCCCUUGCUGAUUAACCUCCUGUUUCUACAGACUAAGCACCCGGGGCGGUAACCAUCUCUCCUAGUACUCCUUUAGCGACAUCCUCUAUGGUGGCUCAGUGGUGAAGAACCGCCUGCCAAUGCAGGAGAGGAGGGUUCUAUCCCUGGGUUGGGAAGAUCCCCUGGAGAAGGAAGUGGCAACCCACUCCAGUAUUCUUGCCUGGGAAAUCCCAUGGAUCCUGGUGGGCUGCAGUCCCUGGGGUCACAGAGACUCAGACACGACUGAGCACGUGUACACACAUGUAACACACCACAAGCAGAGUGUGUGAUCUUUAUGUUGUUGAAUGUUAAGUAUUUAUGGAGAUUUGCUUUAGGUCUAGGGCUUCCCUGAUGGCUCAGGCGGUAAAGCGUUUGCCUGCAAUGCGGGAGACCUGGGUUCGAUCCCUGGGUUGGGAAAGGAACCCUUGGAGAAGGAAAUAGCAACCCACUCCAGUACUCUUGCCUGGAAAAUGGCAUGUCUUGGUAGUUGCCUGCCAAAACUGCCCCUUCUUAUUUGCAAAAGCACCUAGGUAUUUUUGUUCAGAUUGGGACUAUGCAAUGUACAUAUAUAUUUUGUGGCUUAAAGCAAGAGAAUUUUAUUCUCUCACACUUCUGGAGGGCAGAAGUUGAAAUCAAGGUGUCUGCAGGGCCACGUUCCCUCUAAAGUCUCUAGGAGAGGAGGCUUCUUUGCCUCUUUCCACUUUUGGUGGCCCCAGGUGUGCCUUGCCUUGUGGCAGCAUCGCCCCCAUCGCUGCCUCCAUCUUCACAUGGCCUUCUCCUCUGUGUGUCUGUGUCCUCUUCUGUGUCUUCUAAGUGUCUCUUAUAAGGACACAUCAUUGGACUUAGGGUCUACCCAGAUAUCCAGGAUGGCCUCAUCUCAAGAUCUUUAAUCUAAUGACAUCCACAAAGACCCUUUUCCAACUGAGUUCACAACCAGAGUUUCUAGGUGGACAUAUCUUUCGGUGAUGGUGGUGGUGGGGGCCGCAUUCAAACCACUACACCAUCAGGGAAUGCGCAUGAUUAAAAUACUUCCACCUCCCUGUCCUCCUUGGUGGCAGUGGAGGCCACGUUCUCCAGUCCUGGCCAGCAAGAGGCAUCUUUGAGUGUGAGUCCUGGGGAAGAUGUCACAAAGGAAUGGUUUCAUUUAGCCAGAUCCCUCUCCUUCUUCCCCGGUGGCUCGGACAGUGAAAAAUCUGCCCACAAUGCGGGAUACCCAGCUUCAAUCCCUGGGUCAGGAAGAUCCCCUGGAGAAGGGAAUGGCUACCUACUCCAGUAUUCUUGCCUGGAGAAUUCCAUGAACAGAGGAGUCUGGCGGAUUACAGUCCAUGGGGUCACAAAGAGUCUUCAGACACGACUGAGCGACUAACACUUUCACUUUCUCUCCUUCUUGCCUUUUGUACAAGCGGGCACCGUAUCUGGUGCUAGAGGAGGCAUCCUGUGACCACAGGGGCGAAAGCAGCAGUCUAAAGAGAGCGUGGGGGACUUCCCUAGUGGUCCCGUGGUUAGGACUUUGAGCUUCCAAUACAGGGCUGAGGGUGUGAUCCCUGGUCAGGGAGCUAAGAUCCCACAGCUGUAUGGUGCUGCCAAAUUAAACAUAUAAAAAUAAUAGAUUGUGGCCAGAGCUACAACCAUCCUGGUUCCCCGGUUGGUAUCCUUGUGUGGGUGUACCAGCCCUGGGUUGUUUGUUUCUGGACAUCUUGUUUACACGAAAAAGAUGCACUUCUUACUGGUACAUGACAUUGUCUUUUUUGGGGGGAGGGGAGUUUGGGGGAGGGCAGGGAUGGAUUUAUUGUGGCUGAAUGCAGUCUCUAACUGAUGCACUUAAUAUAUGGUUCAUUUUUAUAAAUGCUUCUUGGAUGGUGGAAGUCAAUGUAUGGUAUCCUAUAAAUGUCCACUAGAUGGAGCAUGCUCUUUGUGUAUAAAAGUCUUUUACACAUUUUAAAAUACUGGUUUCUGUCUUAGCUCGGGCUGCUAUAACAAAAAUACUGGGUGGCUUACAAAGAACAGAAAUGUAUUCCUCACAGUUCUAGAGGUGGGAAGUCCAAGAUCACAGCUGGCAGAUUUGAUGUCUGGGGAGGCCCCACUUCCUAGUUCAUAAAUGGCCAUCUUUUUGCCAUGUCUCACAUGGCAGAAGGGGAGCAAGAGAGCUCCCUGGAGUCUUUUUUGUAAGGGCACUGAUCCCAUUCAUGAGAGCUCCAUCCCUAUGAGCUAAUCACCUCCCAAGGGCCUCACCUCUUAACCAUCUCCUUGGGAGUUAGACUUCAGCAUGUCAACUCCAGAGAGCACCAACAUUCAGUCCUUAGCAGUUUCCAGUCUAUCAUUUACUGAGAAAGUUCCAUUAAACACUCCUACCAUAUGUAUGAAUUGCUGAAUGAGUCUUUUAAUUCAAAUUUCAUAUAUUUUGAAGCAAUGGAAUUAAAAGAUUUUUGACAUCUUGUAAGCUUUCAGUUAAUUGUUCCUUUUAUUCUUAUAGUGGCCAUCUUUCUCCCUAGCAGUGAAUAUUCAGCCAUUCAUCAUCAUAAUAGCAAGUAAUUAUUUAGUGCUUAUUAUUGCUAGAUAGUAUUAUAGCUACUACCCUAAACUUUGUAUCUUUUAAGUUAUUUAGUCCUUACAAUGACACUUUGAGGAAGGUACUGUUAUUAUCCCCAAUUCACAGAUGAGGAAACUGAGGCCUGAUAAGUUAACUGAGGUCCUGCAGGUGGUAAGUGACAGUCUGGCUCUCGCUACAGAACUUCACUGCAGGGAGCUGUUGUCCAUUUCGCCUGAACUCACAGAGUUCUGCUUUUGUGUUUUAAAGUUUUGUUUUUUUACCCCCACACUGAAAGGCUUUGUGGGAUCUCAGUUCCCUGACAAAGGAUUGAACCCACACCCUUGGCAGUGAAAGUGCCCUGGAUUGCCAGGGAAUUCCUCUCAAGUUCUUUAAUUGAGACAUAACUUACAUAAAAGUCCGUAAGUCUUGGUGUUCACCUCAGUGAAUUAUGUAUAUUUAUCUAUGCUACUCUAGAGUAGGGAAUGGCUACCCACUGCAGUAUUCUUGCCUGGAGAAGUCCAUGGACAGAGAGCCUGGUGGGCUACAGUUCAUAGGAUCACAAAGUUGGACAUGACUGAGUGACACUUUCACACCACCCACAUAAAAGAAAAAAAAAUUCUAUCUUCCCAGAAGGUUCUCUUGGGCCCGACCCAGGUCAGUAAGCCCCAUCUCCAGAGUUAACCAGUACUCUGACUUCUGUCACCAUAGAUUUGUUUUUCCUGUUCAGAAAAAUAGAACCACACAGUACGCCUUCUUGUGUCUGAUGUUUUCACUUAAUAUAGUGCCUAUGAACUUUAUCUUUGUCACAUUACCAGUAGAUCUCUUUUAAAAUUGCUGUGUAAUAUUCCAUUGUCUGAAUACACUACAGUUAAAAAUUUUCACUCUGUUUAUGGACAUCUGGGUUCUUUCCCAAUGCUGUUAUGAAUAAAGCUGCUAUGAGUA